UCCAUUCAAAUAAUUUUUGUUUUAUUGGUAAUUUGGUAUUAAUACAAAAAAUCAACCUGCUACCACAAAAAAAGAAGCAAAUAAAUAAUAUGCGACUCAAAAAUGCAUGUAGUUUUCAACACAAAAAGGCACUUAAAACAAGCAAGCCCAAAACCCAUCUCGUUAAGCAAAAGCUCCCUCCUUUAACCAGUCACAAUCUCUUUUUCAAAGUUACAAAACCUUUUUCUUUAUGCUAUUUAACCAAACAACAUCACACAUUCUCAAAAUUUCCUUCAAUUAAACACACAUUUAGUUCUCAUAUCACCAAGAAACUCACAAGACACAUACUUUAAGAGUUUCUUCCUUCAUCUUCUUACUUCUUCAACCAUCUAGACAUAAAAAAAGCCAUGUCCAAUCUUCCUUCAACGCCGCAAUCACAACCACCCGAAACCCCUCCAUGGGACACUCCAUCAUCCAGAUGGUUCAGUCCAAUCAGCACACCAUGGAGAACAACACCAAGAAGCAGACAAUCAACUCCAACUCCAACAACACCAAAAGCUCUUACCGAAGUGAUCGUCUCCAAAUCACCUUUGUCUCAGAAGAGCCCUGCAACGCCUACACAUGAUGGUAUAGAAUCGCAGCCUUUAAACAAUACAAUGGUUCCCUUGCGACUAAGAACAACCCGGACGAAUCCAUGGAUAUGGUGUGGUGCAGCUUUAUGUUUUAUCUUCAGCAUACUUCUAAUAAUAUUUGGUAUUGCUACUUUGGUUCUCUUUCUCGCCCUCAGACCGAGAACCCCUGUUUUCGACGUCUCUAACGCAAAACUGAACACAAUCUACUUCGAGUCACCGGUGUAUUUCAAUGGUGAUAUGUUGUUGCUGCUGAACUUCACCAACCCGAACAAGAAGCUAGGUGUGAGGUUUGAUCAUCUUUCCGUGGAGCUCUGGUUCUCCGACAAAAAGAUCGCCACGCAAGGUGUCUUGCCGUUUAAGCAAGGAAACGGGAAGACUAGGCUAGAGCCGAUUCGGCUGAUAUCAAAUCUGGUCUUCUUGCCUGUAAAUCACUUAGUGGAGCUCAAAAGGCAGCUCAUGACUAACCAGAUAAACUACGAAAUCAGAAGUCUCUUUAGAGUGAGAGCUGUUCUUGGGAUCAUUCAUUAUUCUUAUUGGCUGCAUGGGAGUUGCCAGCUUCAGUUGGCCAGUCCACCAACCGGUGGCUUAAUUUCUCGGAACUGCACUACAAAAAAAUGGUGAAGAAGAACACAGGUCAUCUUCAAAAUUUCUAGCCUCACCUGUGUUUUUCAAGCAUUGAUGUCAAAAACGAAUCAAGACUCUAUGCAGGAACCGAGAUCUGAGUCUGUUAUAUAUUGUAAAGACAGAUCUAGUAAUUAAGUUUGGUUAUCAAAUGAAUCAAAGGGAUGUUUUUUUUUUGCUACGGCUAAAAAAUUAUAAUCCCUGAUUCAUAAUUUGCUUCAAGAUUACGGAAAUAUGAUUCCAUGUUUGAUCCACAA